AUGACUCGUUAUGAAGAGAUUAUUAUUGUUGUAAGGGCGAUAUGUUGCUUGCGGAGUAUGUUAAUAACCUGCAAACAUAGUAGGCAACUGCUGCUGCUUGCUGCUGUUGGUGAAGCUGAUAGCGCUGCCGUGUCUGUUGCUACUGCUGCUGCUGUUGCUAAAAUUCCUAGGACUGCUGCUGCUGCAGAUGCUGUUACUGCUGUGAUUUUUGUUGCUGCUGUUGGUGAAGCUGCUAACCUUGCCGUGUCUAUUGCUGCUGCCGCUGCCGCAGCUAGUCUUGCUGCAGAUGCUGUUGCUGCUGUUGGUGAAGCUGCUAGCGUUGCCGUGUUUAUUGCUGCUGCUCUGCAUGCUGCUGUUGGUGAAGCUGCUAGCGUUGGCGUAUCUAUUGCUGCUGCUGCUGCUAAAAUUCCCAGAACUGCUGCUGCCUCUGCCGCUGCUGUUAUAGGUGUUACAGCAGUUAUUAUUGCUGCUGCUGAAGAUGAUAUUUCUACUAUUGCUGCUGCGGUUGUUGUGACUGCUGCGGUUCUUGUUGCUGCACGUAUUGCUGCUGUUGUAGCUAUUUCUGCUGCUGCUGCUGCUGUUUAUUACAGUCCUUCUAAUGCAACGUUGUCUGUGUCUAUGUUGUUGUUGUUGUUGUUGAUGUUUGCCUUCCGGUCGAUUCCAAUCGAGUCUUUCAACAAGGAGCCCUACAAUCAAAACUAUCCGCUCCCGCCGUGA